CGAAAGGCAGGAAUGUCUAUAUUACUGGGAUUGCACUUACCUUCGUUUUACAGUGCUUUCAAAAUCAGCUCAUAGUCACAGACUUAAAACACUUCGGUUUAAGUGAUGAGCAUAAAGUUGCAUGUGCUUUUAUUCCAUACAAUCCUAACAAGUAUUUUGAUAGCAUUCUGCUCCACGAACAAGCAAAGGUCAUCAAUACAUUGACAAAUCAGAAUUUGGCUCGCUAAGUUUGACCUACGGACGAACUUCCUGAUAGCUAAUAAUAUACGGUCGGGUCGUGGUUUUAGUGUUUUAAACUUUUUUAUUGAAAUAGGAAAAUGAGCGUAAUAUUUUUGCACUUUCGUGCUUGGUUGAAAAGUCUGCUUGCUAAUCUUAAGGGCCUCACGCAAUAAACUAUCAAGUGUAACUAUUAAGUUCAUAAACCAUUGUGCUAUAUGUAGCCUAUUACAGAAUUUUUCAGCAGAUGCCCAUUUUCUGUAAUUCGCCCUUAACCGUCGAAAGUUAUUUAAGAUGUAAAGCAUUACACGUUUUUUGGGGAAAAAAACCUGUUCCUUUUGACCAAGUCUCUCCUGGUCGCCGGAUCAUUUCAGCAGAACAUGCGGAUCCUUUUCUUUCUGUGCGCGGCCGCUCGCGCCUGGCCGCUGUACUGCGCGCUUGGCUUCGCUGAGGUCGAAUCGCAUGGCCGCGCGGAGCUGCGGAGGCUGCAGGGCUUCGCGGCGCAGCCGGUCUACGGCGAGUGCUGGUCCCGGGCCUUGGAGCGAAUCCACGCCAGUUGCCGCCAGUUCACUGAGGAGACGCAGAGCCGUGUUGCGCUGGCUUUCACCCACUGUCACCUUCGCAGGUCAAAUCGCCCAUUCCCGGAGUGCAUGGAUGACAGCAAUGUGAAGGAAUGCACACAAGACAUGGAUGCUGUGGCUUUCAAUACAUAUACAGAGUUCUUCACCCACGUUCACAGUAUCUGCCACUACCUGGAGAGUGAGCGCUGGCAGCACCGAGCAGAAGGCACCAUUCACAGGCUGACCGAGAGUUCGGCAGGAGUGGCUGAACAGCUGGCCUCGACUCGGAGCAUGGCUGAGGAUUUGGUGCAGGCCCAGCGUGUAGCCCUCAGGUCCCAAGAGGCCAUACUGCGUAAUGGGGAGGAACUCAAGUUUACACUGCAUGACUCCACGCAAGGCCUGAAGGACGUCUUUGCGGACCUACAGCACACCGCGCAGGAGCAACAGUUGGCAUUCUCCGAGAUCUUUGGCCGCAUAGCAUUCCUGCAGACCUUUGUCAUGUCAGAGUCCCACACACUGGGCUCCCUGUUGUACAACACACUGGGGCUGUGCGUCGCCUUCCUGCUGACAGCCACCAAACGUACUGCAGGGGCCAGGCUAAUCCUUUUCGUGCUGGUGGCAGUAAAUGUGUAUUUGGAAAGGAUAAUCUGUAAUGCUGUGCUGGACUCUACGCAUUCUGGGUACCAGCAGAUGGAGAGGAUUGACCAGCUGGUGGCGCUGCUGCGACGAGGCAUGGUUUUCUUGGGACUGCUUGUUUUGAUCUAUGUGGGAGUGAGGUUCAGGGAUGUAAGCAGGGAGAGCCUGGAGAUUCUGACCCAACUGAAGGAAUCCCACUCCAGCCUUCAGCUGGCUCUGCAGAAAGCUGAAUGCUUUAAUAAGGCUGUUGCUGAAAUGCAGCUCAUGAAGAAGGAAGCAAGGGGGAGUCUGAGGGUCAAGCGCUGGGGAGGGGUCAAGGAUGAAUCCUCGAGUACUGCGCUGCAGGAGCUGUCUGUCAUACUCCCCAACACUUCCACCCUUCACAUACCAUGCGUUUCACUCAGCUCGUCUCGUUUGGACUUGGAGGAAGCCACCAUCUUGGAGACCUCUGGGAGGCUUGUUCAACCUCAGUCCUCGCGCUCUCGAGAGAGGCCCCCCACCGCUCUCACGUAUAGCGUCUUGGUUAAUGACAGUCAGCAGCCGAGAUACAAUCUACGCAACAGGAGGUCCCUGCCGGCCCCCAUGGAGCACAGAGGGAACCGGUGAUGGGCGGGGCUUCGGACUGCCCGGCAGGACAGCAUGUUCCUUCAUACAGCAGUGAUGCCAACUAUCCACAUAAAGCAGCUAUGUGUCUGUAUGUGUGCAUAUCAAUACAUACAUUUAGGUGCACACAUUUAUGGGUAGGAUUGUUAGAACGCUAGCCAAUUUUUCAUCCAGAAUGUAGUUGACCAGAAUGAAUGCAUACAAUUAAUAUAUUUAUGCACUUUAGCAUCUAGUACUGAUACUGUAAGAUUGCUGUUUAAUUACAUGCAAGGCCACAACAUCGGAGUGUCUUUUUUAAAAAUUUGUAUGUGGUCCUGGUUUGAGUCUGGUUAUGGAAGAUGGAUCAAUGGAUGUUAUUACUAUGUAACUGUUCACUGUUUAAUCAUAAUAUUUGUGGUAAUAGUAGUUGUAACUGUUCUGGAAACAUCUAUAUAACAGUAUUAGAGAUUUUACAGAAGAGCUUUUUAAAACCUAUUAACAUGGAAAUUAACUAAAAUAAACAAGAAAUUCAACA